GUGGUUUCUAUACAUGGUCUUUGUUUUUUUGCUGGGAGCCAUUUGUACCCGUCAGUCACUCCGCUAUGACUUCAUGAUAGCAGAGAAGGUAUCCUUGGUGGGUUUCUUGUUUUUGCUAGGGCUGUACAUCUCGUCCCUGGCCUCCUGCAUGGGAGGGCUGUAUGGAGCACCCAGGAUCCUGCAGUGCAUUGCCCAGGAGAACGUGAUCCCCAUGCUUGCCUUCCUUGGACGUGGGAGAGGACCCAACAAGACUCCAGUGGCUGCGAUUUGCUUAACGAGUCUCAUCACCAUGGCUUUCACCUUCACUGGGAAAGUGAAUGUUCUUGCUCCCAUAGUCACCAUCAACUUCAUGUUGACGUAUAUUGCUGUAGACUAUUCCUAUUUCUCGGUCUCCUUGAGCUACAAUGUUCAACAGAAACCUGACGAGACCCAGAUGGAAAACGCUAGACCUGCUCACUCUUCCCAGCCUUUAAUUUUCAACAAGCCCUCCAGCCGUGCAGCAGAUGGAGCAAUUCAAAGCAGAUCAAACGGCACCUUGCUGGAAUUCACAAAAGACAUGGACCAACUUUUUAAACCAUUUCUUACUGAGCCAGGUACUUGCAAAAAAGGAGGACCAGAGAAUUUAACCCAAAAGGUCAAACAAAAGAAGGCAAAGAAGCCAGCCAAGCAGAUGUUACAAGACAGCUUUCUCCUGGAUCUCCAUCACGAUGCUCCCCCGACUCAGUACGGCUGCCAUGAGACUGUGGAGCCCCACAGCGAGAGCCGGCAGGACCUGGCUGAGCCGGGCUGUCGGCGUGGUGCAGACCCAUGCUCAUCGCCUGCUGCGGACGCCCAGCGGACACGUGGGCUGCUGGAGCGGGGGGAGCAGCUCUGCCGUGAGGUGCCAGCGCUCCCCGGCCAGAGGGGAGAAGAAUUGUCUAUAAAGCAACAAAAUCCAGAGCUGGAAAUUCAGCAAAUACCAGAAUCCUUCUACUCCAAAUUCUGCAAUCACUGGGUUUCCUUUGCUGGUGCGAUCGUGUCCCUCGCCAUCAUGUUUGUCAUUCAGUGGAUCUACACGCUUGUCAGCCUGGGUGCAGCAGUUGUUCUGUAUUUCUACAUCGGCCAAGUGAGCCCAGGACUCCCCCUUGGAGCAGCAGCAAAUUUCAGUUUCUUCAGCUGGAUUAAGUCAAUUUUGAUCACUUUGUGCAGGAGAAGGCCAUCUCCCAAGGAGCAGAUCGUGGUGACACCAUCCUUUGCAACAGUUGGCAUGGAGACCACACAGCUCACCGAGGAGAACGCAGACUUCGCCUCGCGGGACCGCUAUCACCAGUCCUCGCUUAUCAGCAGAGAGGAGUUUGGGAAUCAAUUCCGGUAA